UGCUGGUGCUGCUGCUGUGGGCACCAUGGCAGGAGCUGCUCGGGGCGCCGCUGGCUGAGCUCUCGGGGGACCAGAGAUUCCACAUCUUCCUCAACAACAACCUGGAAUUCACCCGCAAGAUCAAGGGGGACGUGGCCGUGCUGCAGCGUGUGAUAUGCGACACCUUCCAGCUGUGCAAGGAGGAAGAGCUCCCAAGAUUCCCACAGGUGGGCCGUCCCCCGCCCUGCCAGUGCCACAGUGGCUGUGCCGAGCUGACCAUGCUGUGCACCCCGCAGGAUGCCUGCUUCAGCCAGAUCCAAGAGGGGCUCCGCACGUACCACAGCUCCCUUGAUGCUGUCCUGGAGCUGCUGCCCGGGCACGCCGCACUGGUGGAGACCCUGCAGCUGGAUGCUGCCAACCUGUCCUCCAACAUCCAGCAU